AAGAUCUCAUCUGACGCGCAGCUAUACGUGGUGGAUAAACCACUAAUGGUGGAUCGAUCUUCAUUAUUUAUCAAUUAAAAAAACAUUAAAACAAAAUUAAACACAGUAAACGUGAAAUUCAUCAACAGCCCACUUCGCCAUUUCACAAUUAGGUCAAUUUCCGAUAGUUUCAUUGAUCAAGGUUUCAGUUUUAUCCAGCUCGAACCGUAGAAAAUCAAAGAAUUGAACCACACACCCACACACGCGCCCACACGCGCCACCCUCAAUUUGACCUAAAAUGGGAGGUGUAGUUGCAAAGGAUGAAUCUGCAAAGUCUUCACUGCAAGAAACGAAGCUCGAGUCGAAAAUAAUCGAGGCGGUGCAGAGGAGGGAGUUAAAAGGCAGCUCGAUGAAAUCCUUCAACAGCAUCAUCUUAAAGUUUCCGAAAAUUGACGAGAGCUUUCGUAAAUGCAAAACAACUUUCGACGAAUACGACGAGGAUAAAAACGGGACGAUAGAUCUGCAAGAGCUGAAGCACUGCUUUCGCAAGCUGGAGAUCAGUUUCACGGAGGAGGAAAUAAACGAUCUUUUUCAGGCGUGCGAUAUAAACGAAGACAUGACGAUGAAGUUCAACGAAUUCAUCGUUCUUAUCUGCCUUGUCUAUCUCCUGAAGGAAGAUCCGUCCGACAAGGAUGCUAAAUCGCAGAUGGGAAUGCCGAAUUUGAAGGCGACUUUCGAGACUUUAGUGGAUACGUUUGUGUUUCUAGACAAGAACAAAGAUGGUUACGUGAGCAAGAGUGAGAUGGUCGAUGCGAUUAACGAAACUACCUCGGGAGAACGCUCUUCGGGUCGAAUAGCCAUGAAAAGAUUCGAGGAAAUGGAUUGGGACAGAAACGGAAUGGUGAACUUUAAAGAAUUUCUUUUUGCUUUUACUCAUUGGGUCGGGAUCGAAGACAUUGAUGAUGAGGAUGACGAUGAAAAUGUGUGACCGAACGUUUAUAUGCUGUAAAAUUAUGAAACGUGUUCGAGUAAUUGCUGCUGCAUUACCGAUGAAUGCUGCCUCUUUUGGCGCAAAUAGUGUUUGUAUUAUUUUUUUGGUUGAAACAUAUAUAUGUUCGAAUUAAAUCGUAUGCCGAUCCAUGGCAGUUUUAUAGUUGGCGGAAAUAUUACGAGUAAGCUUGGCUGUUAUAUGAUUA